AUUAUUCGAAUAAUAAAAAAUAAAAAACUAAACAAAAAUGCCUGUCACAACUCCUUGUUAGUUAGCUCUUUUUUUUCCUCAAAUCUCCAGAAAUACUCCAAAAAUUCUUACACUAUGACACUCCAAUUCCUCUCUCUUCUCUUCAUUCUUUCAACAAUUAUUACCACGGCACUCUCAACUGACCUUCCGUUGUACAGAGAAGCACCGGCAUUUCGAAACGGCGGAGAAUGUCCCAAAAUGGCAUGGUCCUCACUACACAAAAAAUCUCUCAAUCCUUUGGAUGUUAUUCACCUAGCCAUGACUCUCGAUUCCACCUACCUCCGUGGCUCAGUCGCUGGCGUCUUCUCCGUACUCCAACACGCCACGUGUCCCGAAAACAUCGUCUUCCACUUCAUCAGCACUCAGCGCCAGCGCCCUGAGUUACGUCGCAUCAUCACCGCCACAUUCCCGUACUUAAACUUCGAAAUCUAUAACUUUGACACCAAUCUAGUCAAAGGAAAGAUCUCGUAUUCGAUUCGUCAGGCGUUAGAUCAGCCCUUGAAUUACGCGAGAAUUUACUUGGCUGAUCUUUUACCGUCGGGCGUUGGCCGCAUUAUUUACUUUGACUCGGACCUUAUAGUGGUUGAUGACGUGGCGAAAUUGUGGAGUAUUAACUUAAGAGGACAUGUGCUAGGUGCACCGGAGUACUGUCACGCUAACUUCACAAACUAUUUCACGUCAAAGUUCUGGUCAAACCCGGUAUUUGCGGGGAGUGUUAAAGGGAGAAAGCCUUGUUAUUUUAAUACGGGCGUGAUGGUGACCGACUUACGGAAAUGGAGAGAAGGAAAAUACACAGAGAAAUUGGAGUACUGGAUGAGAAUACAAAAGAAGUACAGGAUUUAUGAGCUGGGGUCAUUGCCUCCAUUUUUGCUAGUGUUUGCUGGGGACGUUGAAGAAAUUGAACACAGGUGGAACCAGCAUGGACUUGGCGGAGAUAAUCUUCAGGGGUUGUGUAGAAAUCUUCACCCCGGUCCGGUUAGUUUGCUUCAUUGGAGUGGUAAAGGUAAACCUUGGUUGAGAAUUGACUCAAAGAAUCCUUGUCCGUUAGAUUACUUGUGGGCCCCUUAUGAUCUGUUUCGUCAUAAGUCCUUGUUCUCUGAUAGCUGAUGAGAGUUUAAUUAAGUGGCGUGAUUAACGGUCGUUGAUUUUCUUGAAAAUGGAUGGAUUGGAUGAAGUUUGGGUUGGGGAACAUUAGGUGGAACAUGGAGAUUCGAUGAUGAUGAUGAUGUAUGUAUGCAUGCAUGUAAAUGUAAUGGGUUUGAUUUUGAUAUAAAAUAGUGGAAAGUAGGAGGUUUCAAUCAGGUGGUUCUCCUUUCGCUUUUUUUGGCCAACAUUAUUUAAUUAAAGUUUGUUUCUACUUUUUCUAGAUUUAUAAGUGGAUUCUCUUCCCUAUGUAAAUUGCCAUCGAUAAAUAAUAAUAAAUUUUU